GAUGCUGAGCUAAGCCGUGCGACGUCGCUAACGGCGCUGUGGCCAGCUGUCAGGCGGGCAUUGCUCUCGCAAACAGCUACACGUAGACGCACGUCUCUUGCACGGACCAACCCCCUUCUUCCCUUCCUUUCCCCGGCACUCCGACUGCCGGGACAGGCGACGACCCCCGCGACCGCCUGCACCGAAGAGACGGAUCGAUCGUGUUUAUCGACCGUAGAGGUGCGACCCUGCGCUUGACUGCUGAGUCCCAACACUGCGCAGCGGCAGCAGGAUGGCAGCUAUGAGAUCCCAGGACGGAGCUGAAUCCGAGCCAGGCAGAAUGGCGGCUGGGUUGCAGGCAUGCGUCUCCAAUACGCAUGCCAUCAACGGACCAAACACGCAGCAAAACACUCUGAUAUACACACAGAACUCCGUCCAAGAUCUGUUUAUGGACAGAAAUAUUCACAAGAACAAGACAGUGCACCUGCAGAGUGAGCUGGAGCGAGGCUUGGGGAUCGUGCCUGCUCCCCUGCAAAUGAGGGCUCCUGCAAUGGACACAUGCAUGAUAUCAGCUCGAGAGCCCGCAUACAGUUUCCGUAGCCCAGAGUCAGUGGAGAUGGAUGAGAUCAUGGCAGCCAUGGUGCUGACCAGCCUAUCCUGUAACCCUGUGGUCCAGAGUCCUCUACAGACAGAAACUGGAACAGUUGGCUCCUCAUCGUCAGCUGACAUGGAAUGUGGCGGUGGUGAGCUUUCAGACAGCGGCAGCAGUGGCUACUGGAGUUGGGAUCACGGCAAUGUGAGUCCGGCUCCCUCGCCCUCCGUCCCAGAGAUGGAUGGUAGCCCAGAUGAAGGCCUGAACAUGGAGUUGGAGCAGGGGGAGGAGAUUAAUCCCAAAAAGUCAAAGAGCUCUUUCAAAGGUUUGUACAAGUGUCUGUGGCCCAGUUGUGGCAAGGUCCUCACAUCUUCCGUCGGAAUCAAACGACACAUCCGAGUGCUGCACCUUGGCAACGGCUCAGAUCAGUCACAGAGAGAGGAGGACUUCUACUACACGAAGAUCUCCUGCGAGGCAGUGGAUACCAGCAUUGCACUAGUUCCUUCCCAGCAGGCUCUGGGACAAGCAUCUCCUCUUAGCUGGGCCUCGUGCAGCUCACCCACUGUUUUGGCUGUUCAGAUCCCAACCGCACACAGGCCAAGGUCCAACUCCAACUCUGGCCUGGGCACAAGCAGGCCCAGUCCGCUCAGCCAGUCAGCCCCCAGCAGUUUCUGGCAGAUCCACACAGAGCACCUCUAUCAGGCCUGUAGCCCCGUCCAGCCACCUCUGGCCCCCAGAAGUCCAGGGUGCCACAGUUUGACUACCCCAACCGCAGUGUCUGGCCACAAUAACACACAGAUGGUGAAACCUCGCUGUCGGUCUGUCAGUGUUGGGGAGCAAUGGCUUCAACAGAACAGGCUCCAGACAAUGAGCGUGUCACCCUCACGCACUCACUGCUCUUUCAGGAAAGGUCGCGGGGAGGCCAAGAAAUGUCGUAAGGUGUAUGGAGUGGAGCGCAAGGACCAGUGGUGCACUGCCUGCCGUUGGAAAAAAGCCUGCCAGCGUUUCCCCGACUAAACAACACAUUGGAUAGAUGGAUAGAUGGAUGGAUGCAUGAAUGGAUAGGUGAUAAAAUACAAUUUUAUCAGAUAUAGUGUAUAAAAUGAGAAAAUAUUUCUUUUCACAUGUCAUUGAUUAUGUUGUCGUUGUUUUUUUUUUUCCACAAAGCGUGUUUCAUAGGGUGACAGACAGUUUUUUUUUUUUUUAAUAAGACAAUUUGAGUUCCACAAAUUCAUAUCGGAACAUCCAGAACCGAAACUGCUUUGGCGGUGGGAAAAAUAUUUUUAAGUGUUGAUAAUGUGCCGAAGAGUAAGUUUGCAGUAACUAAUUUAAGAAGCAGAUGCUUGCUGAAAUCAGGAAGAAGUGUGAAAACAAGCCUUAAUGUUUCUGUGGUUUCUUGCAGCGAAAAAAAAAAGUAGUUUGGAGGAGGGGGGGGUGGUACAAUGGCUGGAUCCAUUCCAAUCUCUUCAAGCGAAGCAAAUUUAUUCGUAAGGGGCAUUUCAUACACAAGUGUCGCUCAAUGUCCUUUACCAGAUGAAAAGCAUUUAAAUACAAAGAAAGAAAACAUUUAAAACAGAGGGGCAAAAUAAAGCCUUCUGAUUUCUCUGCCCAUUUAUUAUUUGUCUGUUUCUCGUUCCCUUGGGCAAUGAAGGUUUGUGUACGUUUGUAACCUGCCAUGAUGCUAACUGUUGGCUGAUGAUCGUGUGACGUACUCGGCCUACAAUACUCCGACUUUAUCCCGAUGUCAUAUUAUUAUAUUACAGCCCUUGUGUACAGUAUUAGUCUGCUUAGAUUGCUUGUUUGUUUAAUCCAACACUCUUCCGGUGGUUUAUGAUGUAUAUUAUAUUGUGAGCUUUGAUCAUUGUACAAGUAUUUUGUACCUUUUUUAAUGUCUCAUCAAGCCCAUGUUUUUGCGUUCUUUUUUCAUGUUUGUGGCACUUUGGCGGGAUGUGAAGUCAUGCAGAUAAGCUACAGCACAUUUGGUUUCGUUGAACCAGAUUGCUUCCAUAAAAAAUGAUCCUCUUCCUGCCCGUACAGUGGCAAACAAUCAUUGUUGAUGGUUGUUUGUAAUGGUUGUGAUGAAAGGGUUUUUAAAAGCAAUAAAGAAAAGAAAAUUAUAUUGUCACAAAUAAA